CACGUGUUUUAUUGGGUGCCUAAAUUCACCAGUUUUUUUUUAUUUUUUUUUUAUUAAAAGACAUUAAACAAAAAACCGAUUUAAUGUAGCGCGAUUGAAAACAUAACCUCACUUUGUUUGUUGACAUUUCAAGUUACCGCAGUUUUGAUGAAAGGUGUCUUGAAUUAUUAUAUUUAAAUGAGAAAUGUCUCUGUAUGACGACCUCGACGUCAAAGCCAGAACCACAGAAAAUGUUUCUGGGUGGUCCUCUGGCAUAAAACUGCUGCAGUCCCAGCUCCAGCUCAAGAAAGCCACCGUGACACAACCCAAACGUGAACAACAACGUAAAGUGAGCUUAGCCCCUGUCAUAGACCUGAAAAGUAAGCGGGACGAUGACGACAUAUAUCCAACGUUCACAAAAGUGAAAAACGAGCCCAGCUUACCCACUCUCAGUUCGUCUGUGACUUACGGAGUCGAAUACGACUGGAACGUAGACGACGAAUAUGACCCCCUAUGGCCAAACGAGUUCGACAAAGUCGUGAAAGAACUCCGCGAAAACCGGGAGCGAGAAAACGACAAAGAAGAGAAACGCAGGGAACGUAAACGAAAAUCGCGAUUUAGCGACCCCGAGGAGCCCCUGGUGAUCCCUACGCCACAAAUAACGCAACCACCUGUGGCCAGCGGUUUUGCAGGGCGCUGGGCUGAUGAAGAUGAAGAAAUGGAGCCAGUUCAGCCUAAACCGCGACCGUCGGGGGGCGUUGCUAUUGCACCUCCCCCAAGUCUGCAAGAGCCUGCAGAGGCAUCACCGAUUUUUCCACCCAAGCCUGCAACCCCCUCUUCAAAUUUCGGGUCUUCAGUUGCUGCUAAAAUUAUGGCUAGGUAUGGGUUUAAGGAGGGGCAAGGGUUAGGCAAGCAGGAGCAGGGGAUGUCGAGUGCGUUGCAAGUGGAAAAGACGUCGAAACGGGGGGGUAGGAUUAUUCACGAGAAGGAAAUUUUGGCUUCUAUUCAGACACCAUUGGAUAUGAGUCCUGUGAACAGUCAACAAAGCAUAACUGACAUUAUUAAAAAUCCUAGUAAGGUUGUAUUACUGAAAAAUAUGGUGGGGCCAGGUGAAGUUGACGACGAUUUAGAACCAGAGGUUAAAGAUGAAUGUAAUUCUAAAUAUGGGGAGGUUACUAGUGUUAUAAUUCAUGAAACUCAGCUGGAGAAUCCAGAAGAGGCUGUUCGCAUUUUUGUCGAGUUUAGGAGAAUAGAGAGUGCUAUUAAGGCAGUUGUGGACUUAAAUGGGCGGUUUUUUGGGGGCAGGCAGGUUAAAGCAAGCUUUUAUGAUACUGAUAAGUUUGAUAAUUUGCAACUAAUGGAUUAGUUCACAUUUUUUUUGUUUAAAUUAUUUAAGUGUCGAUGUAAAAAAUCUAAUAAAUGGUCAGAUCCCUUGAAAUUUUUUAUGUAUUUAUAA